ACCAUCUACCUGGACGCGGCUCACAGCCUACGUGCAGACAGACAUGAGCAUUCCCUGGUAAAAAAAAAAAUAAAAAAAAAUAAGAGGAAGUUUCCUGCUCCAUUCAAAACAAGAACAGUCUCCUGCUGGAGCCGGUGAAGGUGCGAUGUUCCUGCUAACCCUGUGCCUGGCCCUGGUCCUCCCAGCCCUGGUGGAGGCACAGUAUGAGAAGUACAGCUUCAGAAGUUUCCCUCAGAAGGACAUCAUGCCGCUGGAGAGCUCCUACAACUACGCGCUGGAGCAGUACGGGGAGCAGAACUGGGCAGAGAGCAUCAAGUUCCUGGAGCUCAGCCUGCGGCUCCACCGGCUGCUGCGGGACAGCGAGGCUUUCUGUAGCCGCAACUGCAGCUCCGUCAGCCGGGACAACGACACCCUGUUCGCCGACAGCAGCCUCCGCGUCGUGCGCCACAUCCUACUGAGGGCUGCGUGCCUCAAGAAGUGCAAGGCGGAUUUUCCAGUGUUUCAACUCAAGUAUCCACGGAGGGAUUUACUGGAAAAUUUCGAGAAAAGGGUGCCGUAUCGGUACAUACAGUAUGCGUACUACCAGCUUAACAACUUGGAGAGGUCUGUGUCAGCAGCCCACACCUUCUUGAAGAAGAACCCGACCGAUCCCUAUUUGACCAAGAACAUGAAAUACUAUAAGACGCUGUUUGAUGUGGAGGAAUAUCUCAUCGACCACGAGGAGCAGCCGUACGAAAGUGUUUUCCUGAAAAGUGUGACGCUCUACAACAACGGAGACUUCAGCAGCAGCGCCCGAAACAUGGAGCAGGCCAUCACGCAGUACUUUGAAGUGUACAGUCUCUGCUCAGGAGCCUGUGAGGGCUCAUAUGAGAUCUUAGAGUUCAAAGACUUCUAUCCCACCCUGGCAGAUCUUUACCUGGAUGUGCUGAAAUGUAAGGUAAAGUGCGAAGAGAACCUGACACCUAACGUUGGAGGCUUCUUUGUGGAGAAGUUUGUAGCCACCAUGUAUCACUACCUCCAGUUCUCCUAUUAUAAAUUGAAUGAUGUAAAGAACGCUGCUCCGUGUGCAGCCAGUUACAUGCUGUUUGACAACAAAGACAAGGUGAUGCAGCAAAAUGUAGCGUACUAUCGCUUCUACCAGGAGCAGUGGGGACUCGAGGAGAAGGACUUUCAGCCUCGGCCCGAGGCCCUGAGGUACUUUAACGAGACGACCAAGCAGAAGGAGAUGCUGGAGUUUGCACUGAAUUACCUACAAACAGAGGAUGAGGGAGAGGUCAGUCCAGAAGAAAUGGCCUCCUCGUACUCGGAGCAUCCUGAUGCUGAGUUUGAGGGUAUGGGAGACUAUGAGGAGUCCUUCCUGGCUGAGUGGUGGCAAGAACCCAAAACUAAGUGGGACGCCGGGGAGAUUGCAGAUUGAUAUCUGUCCUCAUCUCCUGUCCAGCUCUGUCCCACCUCUCAAGGCUACAAAACCAAAGAGUGUUAACCUUCAGACCUUACAGACAGACAUCGACAUUCCCAACAGUAUUUAGCAAAAAAAGCACAACUCGGCCGUGUACUUUGACCCAGCUGAGAGAUAAAACUAAUCCGUCAUGUUGAUCACGAUCAGAGAUCGACUUAUUCUGUCUUGGCUGUCAUCAGCCUUUUAAAACUGUUAUUCUUAUAACUAGUCAUCGGCCUGUUUGUCAAUACUUUGUCAUUGACUUUUCUACAGUUUUUAUUUACAGUUUUAAUUUAAUGAAAGCUGAAUGCCUCUGUGCAGUGGUGUAAGGAAGGUGACAUGUUUUCUUAUGCAGAACGAUUUGUCAACCACCAGUUGGGUUGUUGUUGUAAUAAAUUGCUCAUA